AUGCCACUCCACGAGUGGAAGAAGCGUGUGGCCGAGCGGACCGGGACUGAGGUCGCGGCUGUUUCGUUGAAGGAGUGGGCGGCCAGGGCGGCCAAGGCCGGCUUGAACCCGGUGCUGGCGCAGUUCUUUGCCCACGUUGAGUCGAUAGGCGGCUUGGUGUUUCCCAAGGUUCUGUCAUCAGUCUAG